CCUCCUCUUCUUGAAUGGGGCCGAGUUACGUGGAAGAGGAGGGGAGCAGGAGCCUUUUGUCCUCUUGUUCGGGACCCCGACACAUGGGGUCAACACAGACUGAAUGAUUCAACUUGGUUCAAUGGUUCAUGCUGAAGGCUGCCUCGGACGCGGACGCACGCUGACGCAGAUGAGAGUGCGCUCUAAUUAGGAAAACCUGGUCGAGCAAUUAAGCGCGAGGAGAGAAGACGCGCGGAUUGGAGCGCAGAAGGGUCACAAGCCUGUCUGUUGUUCAAACACCUCACCCGUUCCCACCACCACAAAGUCAACACUGAGAGGGCACAAGUGACAUUUUUUUUCCAGAGAGAGCUUGUUUAGCUCCCCGGUCACCUUGGCACCAUGAGUUGGAGCUUCCUUACUCGUCUUCUGGAUGAGAUCUCCAACCACUCCACCUUCGUGGGGAAGGUCUGGCUGACGGUGCUCAUCAUCUUCCGCAUCGUGUUGACAGCCGUCGGCGGUGAGACCAUCUACCACGAUGAACAGAGUAAAUUUGUCUGUAACACACAACAGCCUGGGUGUGAGAACGUGUGUUACGAUGCGUUUGCGCCGCUCUCACACGUCAGAUUCUGGAUCUUUCAGGUGAUCAUGAUUACCACCCCCACCAUUAUGUACCUGGGUUUUGCCAUGCACAAGAUCGCCCGCAUGGAGGACAAAGAGUACCGGCCAAUCAGAAACAAGAAGAAGAAGAGGAUGCCCAUUGUCAUCCGCGGGGCAGUUCGGGACUACGAGGAGGCAGAAGACAACGGCGAGGAAGACCCCAUAAUCGCUGAAGAGAUUGAACCAGAAGAGCCAGACAAAGCAGAAAAAGGCACAGAGAGAAAGCAUGAUGGUCGUCGGCGGAUUCUGCGAGAUGGCCUGAUGAAAGUCUACGCGUGCCAGCUGCUGUGGCGCUCUGCCUUUGAGAUCUCCUUUCUUUUCGGCCAGUAUAUCCUCUACGGCUUUGAGGUGCUACCUUCCUACGUGUGCACUCGCUCACCGUGCCCUCACACAGUGGACUGUUUUGUGUCCAGGCCCACGGAGAAGACCAUCUUCCUGCUGGUGAUGUACGUUGUGUCCUUCCUCUGCCUGCUCCUCACCAUCCUAGAGAUCCUCCAUUUGGGGGUCAGCGGCAUCCGAGACACCUUUCGCAGGCGAGUCACCCACAGGCCACGUCCCCCACCACCGUCAUCCUCACGUUCCAUUCCCACAGCUCCGCCAGGAUACCACGCCACCAUGAAGAAGGAGAAGCUGAAAGGAGAGAUAAGGGACUUGCCGAUGGGUGACUCCGGGAGGGAAAGUUUUGGGGAUGAGGGGACCAGGGACCUGGAGCGGUUGAGGAGGCACCUGAAGCUGGCCCAGCAGCACCUGGACCUGGCCUACCAGGGAGAUGAAGGAAGCCCUUCACGAAGCAGCAGCCCAGAGGUCAACACGUCUGCGCAGACAGCCGCAGAGCAGAACCGCCUCAACUUUGCCCAGGAAAAGCAAGGAGAGGCGAGCGAAAAAGGAAUACAUGCCUGAGCGUGCUUCCUGCCUCAAACGUCUGUCCUACCAUUCCUACUGGCCUUAAACACAUGGGGGAAGCACAUAUGGGAAUGCAGUCAGACCACUGAGGGAGACCAAAGCGUGUGUGUAUGUGUGUGUGUGUGUGUAUGUAUGUAUGUGUGUGAGUGUGUAUGUGUGUGUUUGUGUGUGGAUGAGAGAAAUGUGCCUUUCAGUAUUAGGGGUCAGUCAAAAAGAAAGAAAGAAAGAAAGAGAGAGAAAAAUGCUGACCAAGCUGUUGAGACAAAUGGUUCAUCUCCACGACUCUAAACUUGAAAGCCUGUCACAUCUCGAGUUUCUGCUUGCUGACCUACGUCCAAACCUCGACUGUGCCUUCGGCUAAAACCUUGUCUACACCCUGUUCUUUCAGCCACUCUGUGUUUUGCGGCCAUACAGUAAUCCACAUUCAUUUCAGACCUUGUAAGGAUUAUUGUAAGCUUUAAACUCCUCUUGCCGAGUGUAAUUUUUUUUGUCUUCCUCACAAAAGAGGCUUUUUUUUUAUAUAUAUAUAUAUAUAUAAAAUGUCGCCGAAUGUUAACAACUCACUUUGUUGAGGCUUGUUUGCCUCAAGGCAGAAUCUGAAACAACACAGCCUUGGGUUAUGUCAUUUCUGGAGCGUGCGCAGCAGCAUUAUUCAUAACAAGGGCGGCUUAACCUGUGCUAGAUGAGUCAUGUUUAAUUUAAACAGAUUUGAUGUCGGAGAUUAUUGGUGUUCAUUAACCAGAAGCCACACUAUUUCAAAAAAAUGUUUGACAGAGUUUUGAAGUCUGUAUACUCCAAUCGGCCAAAAUUGUUUACCUGGGAAAUGCUUGAAUUCUUUAUCAACAGGAAAUGCUUCAAGGAAUUUCCAAGAAUCAUUUUUUGUACAAUCAAUUCAUUUGAAAUAUUCCAUUUAUUUUACUAGUAUGCUUUACUUUUGACUUGACCAAAGCUCUAGAUUAGUUACCUUUUGUUCAGAGGGAAGUGUUGGCUUCACAAAUGCCACCUAUUUCAGAUGAUUGCAGAAAUUUGCGCACUUGGAUGCCAGUAAACCCUCCUCUUCCCUAAAUAAUGUGCUAUAAAAAAUGAUUCAGAAUGUUCGUCAUUGCAUAAAGUUCAAAAAUAAUUUCUCUUUUUGUGGUUUUUGCUAACCAGCUGGAAACAUCUGUCUUUUGGGCUACUGUCAACAAUGAAAUUCCAUCCACGUCUUUUCAAAUUUACAUUCUUCUUCGGUGAGACAUAUUUUCCAUCCUUGACAUGCACUUCGCCUCCUCUGUGUUCAAACAUGGAUGCUUUUAUGCAUCCUGGAAAAGAAAGGAAGAAAAAAAAAAAAAAACAAAAAAAAAAAAACACAACCCAGCUGAGGAACCGAUGACAGUUGGCUGUUGAAGGCAGAUCCUGGUGCCAUGUAAACAGAUGUAACCUUCACUUCGUCUUGAGACUUAGCUUCAGUGUUCAUACCAAGUUUGUACUUUCUUAGAGCCUGUUGGUUGGUUUUAUAGUCUUUGGCUGGAAACUUAAGAUUGCCAGAGAGCUGUUUGAUGCUGUAUUCUUGUAAUCAUCUCACUUCCACUUUUGCUACUUCUUGUUAGGUACGACAUUCCGUUUUGAAUAUGGUACUUCUUCAAUGGUUUAUACUUUUUUUUUUUUUUUUCUAUUGCAAGUUUUGUAGUAUUUGUAACUGUAGAGAUUAUUUUGUCUUCAGAGUAAAUAAAUAUAUUUGAACGGGA